CUAGUUGUCCAAAACCAACCCAAGAAUCAGCCAUAUUGACUACAACUAUUUAUGAAUAUAUUUGUAUAGUUAAUUUUGUUCCGACCCCUGUCUAUAGCACCCUGUUAAUCUUGUAUAUAGUCCAUUUCUAGGUCCUACAACAUUAUAAAUUUUUAACUUAAAUAGAAGAGAUGAUUCUCAGACAGUUACUUCAUCCAAUUCAGCGAAGAUCUACUACAUCUUCGAUUAUGUUGAAGAAUAGUAUACAUAUGAACUGCUUUAAGUGUCAUCAAACAUCCAGCAUCGAAUCAAACAUUUAUUUAAGUAAUUUCAAUGAAGGAAGAAUUGUUUAUUACAAAAAUGUCUGACCACGAGGCAGAAUUAUAUCUUUCGAAUUUGAGAAACAUGAGUAUAUCUUCAACUUGUUAUUCGACUGAAAAGCGACUAGGAACUCAAUAUGAAGAAGGAGUAUUAUUGUAUGUAGGUGGCAAUGUUGGAAAUACAAUAGACGUGCCCAAAUGUUCUUGUACUCUCUUGGUGCAUUGACCCUGGUUGCAUCACCCAUGAUCUUCUUUUACAGAAGUCGAAAUUAUGGUAUGUUGAUAUGAGAAAUAUGUUAUUGUGUCAUGGGCUUUUCUAUUUGGUGUUGCAAAUCCUGCCAUGUUCUACAAAUUUAUGCAGAGAUAUGUUCUUGAAUUAUAUCAUGACAAAAAAGAAGACAAAUAUACAGCUUUUAUACCAUCACCGUUUAUUGCAGGUCGCUCAAAGGUUGUGUUCUCUCCAGAAGAAUGUAAGAUGCCUCCAAAGAUCACCGCAUUUACAUCAUUCUUGGUGAAAGGAAGACCUAUUUUUGUCAAUUCCGAUGCAAUGAGUUACAGUGCUUACAUGAGGAUGUUAAGAUAUGCAUCUGAGUUUGACUAUGAGAAUCCUGAAAGACAACAACAAUAUAAAGAUGCGGUUCAACAAUCAAUAGAACGAAUUACCAAACCCAACCAUGAGGAAACCGAUAAAGAUAAAAAACCGUGACUUCUUUUCAAUUGUUUACUUUUAUAAUUUAAAGAAAAACUUGAAAACAAAA